GGGGCCCCACGGGACAAGCUCGCAGCAGCUCAGAUUCAGACAGCCUUUGGCAGCUGCAGCGCCGGGCAGGGGAGCAGUUUCUUCACCUCAGCUCUCCCCAGCCCACUGUAGAGCCCGGUGGCCAUGGUUGUGCCAUCAGACUGGACCUGCCCAGCCUGUGGGGAAGGUCGGGACGAUGUUGCCUAUGUGACCCCCUGUCUCCACCGGCUGUGCUAUGGCUGUGCCCUGCGGUGGGCAAGGAAGAAUCCAAGGUGCCCCUUCUGCAGGGAGACAAUCAAAACCAUCAAGUACUCGGUGAGGUCGGCCGAUGAUUACCUGGAGUGUGCUGCCCCAGAGCCUUCAGAGCACUUGGCUGAGGAGCAGCAGGAUGAUCAGGAGGCUGUGGAGCUGGUGCCCAGGGCUCCUGAGCUCAGCUUCCCACCUGAGGUCUGGGCAGCCUUCUUCCGCGAGCACCCAGAAAACGUCGAGCCCCUGCUUGCGUGGCUGCAGCAGGAGCUGGAGACAAUCUCCGGCUCCGAGUGGUGGGAGGUGGCUGCAGGUCUGAGCACGGUGAUCGGCUUCCUGUGCGUCUACGGGCUCGACGAGGAGGGCUUGGUGCGGGCGCUGCAGCCUUGCCUCAAAAACCAGACGCUGCCUUUCGUGGUGCAGCUCAUCACUGCCGCUGUGGAGCUGUGCAGCACAGAGAUCCGCCAGCUGCGUGACCGCCAGGACACCCAUGCUGCAGGGAGCCAGGAGGACAGCCCCGCGGCUGCCUACAGCCACGCCACCUCUCCAGGGGGGAUUCGUGCCCCUGCCACCACAGAAGAGGAGGAGGCACCUGAGGAGCCAGGGCAGGCAGCAGCAAGUCCCUCUGCCCAGAGCAGGGACUGCUUGCCUGGGGGGCGCCGGCGUGCCCCGAAGAGGAGGGCCAGCAGCAGCCUCCAGGACUCUCCCCAGCCCCGCAAGAGGCCGCCCCGGCGGCGGCACUAG